CCGGUUUUGAUAAUUACCAGUUUCAAAGGUGUGUUCUCACAAGUAACCAUUCCAAAUUUUAUAACAUUUGGUCAAAUGGCUCCGAAGUUAUUACAAAAAAAAAGCAAAUUUCCCUACCCACAUUUCGACGGCUGUAAAAUUGUUAAGCGUCGAUAUAGGACACGAGUUAUUAAAAUUAACAUCAUUUUAUAGGACAUUUUUGAGGUUCAAAUAUUGCUUCAUAUUUAUGAAUAACUCUAUACAUUAGUCUGUUUUGCGUUUUUUCACAUGAAUAGAUGCGCUAGACGUUAGAAUUCAUAACAAUUACAAAACUCAAGUUUAACUCACCUGUGUUAAAUUACUUUUUAUUAAGAUUUUAAACUUUUUUUUUACUUUCAUAAAGUUUUAUAAACAUUGACUACUAAAAAGAUUCACAGUAAUGUGUCUGAUAAGCCGGUCAAAACCAUUUAAAUGAGUUAUGAUAUCAUUAAACGUUUUACACUACCUACAUACCUAAUAAUCUGUUUAUUGCUACUAAAUGGACAGGAAUUAGCCGAUAAUAAUAAAUUUUUAUAAUUACUUCGUUCUAAGUACAAGUCACCAAGUGACUCGCAGAAAGAACUGCUAUCACUACUAUCUCUCCUUACGUUCGGUUGUGUAUUUAGAAAAAUUGUCCCACCAAUAGCGUCGGGUGUAAAUGUCAACAAAUAAUAAUUUGAUAAGCACAAAUAGGUAACCACUUGUAGUUAAAUUUGGUCUGUGAUAAUCACUAACGCGAAAAUGGUGCAAGUUUUGAGCAAGUUUCAAGCCUUAACGAUAGAUUGUCGCGAUAUACACAAUUGGCAAGAUGUUUGUGUUAUUUUUCAUACAGAAACUGGAUUAAAUAGUGUGAUAGGUUCAUUUAAAAUGUAUAUUGGUGUCUACUUGUUGACCCUGUUGAUGAAAGGUCGAAUUCCGACCAAAGAAGAUUUGAAGAAAACAGUUUUAGGAAUCUUACAAUCGACCGCUUUUCUCAGCGGUACUGCAUUUGGUUACUCUCUAUUUUUAUGUGUUUUAAGACGACUUUUGGGCAACUUUAACAUCCUGACCGUGUCGGCAAUCCCAGCAUUCUUAUCUAGCGUAUUCUCAGUUCUAAUCGAAAGGCCUUCCCGCCGCACUCUGUUAUGUCUAUACGUCAGCAAUGUCGCAACAGAAACCCUCUGGAACAUGGCUUUAUCACGCAAAAUGGUCCGAAAUAUCAAAUAUGGCGACACGGCCAUUUUUGCCAUUGGCAUGGCAAUUUUACUUAUGUAUUACAAGGGGGGUUACCAUAAAGACUCAGUGGGGAAGGCUGACAGCAUGUUUGGAGUCUUAAGAUUUGUAGUGGGGCCUUAUGAAGAAAAAGACUACAGUGCGAGAUCAAGCCAAGCGAGCAGCUUCUACAGACAGCAAGUCCAAAACAUUCCAAAUGUUGGCUCGAGAGCGAAAUCGGGAAGUUGGCAUUCGAACUCGCGAUCAAAAAAUCCCGUUUUUCACAUUGUUACUCAAGCUCUACGUGUUUAUAAAAAAAUUAUAUACAAAAUAAAGUGCUGUGAUAGACAUCUAGCGUGUCCUCAUCCAUUUAGUUGUUUGUAUUAUACGAUGCAAGGCGUAGGAAAAAUGUUUAGUAUCGGUUUAGGGAUACAAGUGACUUUAAAGUUAGUUCUUAAUAUGAAGAAAAUCGUCCAAACACCGAGAAAUUUGAAAACGAUCUUGUUUAGGAAAGAUACUUUGAAUCUGGCAGUGUUCCUUGGAGGUUUCUCGGGUUUAUUUAGGGCCGUUUUGUGUAUUUUGAGAAGGGCUACUGGCAAAGAUAGUCCCUCUUUUGCCAUCCCAGCUGGCUUGAUCGCCGGAACUGCGUUUACACGAUACCCAGACACCACAGUAUCAUUAUAUGUCUUAUGGAAAUUAGCCCAAAUAACCUACAUCAUGGGUAUCAAUAAAGGAAUUGUUCCACGAGUCCCUGGAUUCACCGAAUUUUUGUAUUGCUUCAGUACUGCCGUUCUUUUCCAUGCAGCUCUACUAGAACCGACAAAUUUAAGGCCAAGUUAUUGGAAAUUUUUACACUCAAUUUCUGGCGGAAGAAUCGCUUGUAUGAACCGCAUUCCGUUGGAUGCUUGGGGCCUCGGUACUUCUGAAUCUCUUGAACGUGUUUUGGAACUAACUAAAACACAGAGAGUUCUGAAAUAGGGAUAUUUGAUCACGUGGUACUUUUGGAACUAGUCAAAAUGGGUGUUAGUUUACAAAAGUUUUGAAAAUACUUACUUUUAAUAAUUAGGUAAUUUUUGACGCUGGUUAGUAUUUUACUGAGGGUAGCACCGGUUCUGGGUGAGCAACUCUUUUUGUUAUUUUAUUUUCAUACUUUUAAUAAAUGAGAUUUUUAUUGCAAUAUUUAAUGAAAUAAAGGUAAAACAGCAAAAC